UAAAAACAGCCUUUUCAUAUUCUUAAUAAUUAAUAAAAUCAAAUUGUUAAGGUUUUUGUUUGGCAAUGGAGUCGGGGUGGAGAAUAUGCAAUAGCUUGCAUGCUGCCAAACCCGCUAUUCUCAUGGCUUUGGUUCAAUCGAUUUAUGCAGGAGUUAAUGUUCUCUACAAAUUAGCUGUUAACGAUGGAAUGAAUUUGAUGAUUCUCAUUGCUUUUCGUUUUAUAUUUGCAUCCAUUUUCAUGCUUCCCCUUGCUUUUUUUCUCGAAAGAAAUAAAAGGCCAAAAAUGACAUGGUCGAUACUCUUCUAUGGAUUUCUUUGUGGAUUAUUUGGAGGAACAUUAAGUCAAAAUCUAUACGUUCAGAGUCUGGCAAUGACGUCAGCAACAUUUGUUUCGGCCAUGCAAAAUCUCUCUCCAGCCAUUACUUUCCUUCUCGCCCUCUCCUUCAGGAUGGAAAAGUUGAACAUAAAGAAGAAGGAAGGGAUGGCGAAAGUGGCAGGAACAUUAGUGGGGAUUGGUGGGGCCAUGAUUCUCACUUUCUACAAAGGCUUAGAGAUUAACAUUUGGACAACCCACGUUGACCUUCUACAUGGACGACACGUGGCACAAAAUCUUCAUUCUCAGAAUUUUGUGAUGGGAAGUUUGCUCGCCCUCGCUAGCUGCCUCUCUUAUUCUUUUUGGCUCAUCCUUCAGACAAAAAUGACGAAAAUAUAUCCAUGCCAGUACUCGAGCACCGCAGUGAUGUGUGUAAUGGGAGCAAUUCAAGGGAUAGUGAUAUCAAUUUGUGUGGAGAGGGAUGGGAAGCAAUGGAAAUUAGGUUGGAAUAUUAGGCUUCUCACCGUCGCAUUUGCCGGGAUCGUGGGUACGGGAGCUGUGGUGACGGUAAUGGCAUGGUGCGUACGUAUGAGAGGGCCGUUGUAUGUAUCUAUUUUCAGCCCUCUUAUGCUUCUCCUCGUAGCCAUUGCUGGAUCUCUUUGUCUCGAUGAAAAAUUGCACCUUGGCAGUGUAGUUGGAGCAGUGCUGAUUGUAUGUGGUUUAUACAUGGUAUUGUGGGGCAAAAGCAAAGAGAUGAACAAGUGCCUUCAAUUGAUACCAUCUCAAAGCCUACAACAACUUGAUCAAUUGAAAGACAUUGCAGUGGUUACUACUCCAAAGCAUCAAAAUGAAACCCAAAUUCAAGAUAUCAACAACAACAACAAUAAGAGCAUUAUCAUCACUUAAAUUAUGUAGUUUUAAUAUAUUCUCUCUCCUAUCAUGUUUAAGUUUUAUUUUUCAUAGAUAUUAAUCCGUUUUCAUCUCUAAAUUCUAUUUCAAAACUUACGUGUUUACUGUUCUCUAUUUAUCUUGUGUAGCAUAGUUAAGGGAUUUAUACAUAUAUUUCCAAAGUUCAUAUAAACAUGUGUUGCAGUUUGAUAUGUAGUUUAGAAACACUAAGAUCACAAUUCAUUAAUUAGAUCAUAGAUUUGGCUUGAUUA